AUGGGUCUCAGUAAAGGCGAAACGGCUGUGUGUGGCUGCCACUGCCCGCGUGAUAUGGCUGUGCGCAUGCGUGAGGUACUGGCCCUGCCGUGGGUUAGUGCAUGUGUUCCCCUUGCUUUAAGCUGGCACUAUUUUCAAGGUAAUUUUCGCUAAUGCAAUGGAAUUAAGUUCAAACUAUUUUUCAUCAGUUACUGUAUUUCAUGACAUUUCUUCACAAAUUCAAAAGCGCGCGCGUAUAGGUAAAAUCUUUGCUCGUUGGACUUAGUGAUAGCUCUAACUAGUCAUUAUUUUUAUUGUUGUUGUUGUUGUUAUUAUUAUUAUUACUUAUAAAGACUAUGAUAAUUUUUGCUCCUUUUAAUGUGAAAUGAAAAUGACCAAGUUUAACUAUGUUUGAAUUACUUUUUGUCAACAAGAGGAAAUCAAAUUUCAAGAGAGUGCUGUUAGUAGUGCAACGCGAAUUCAUUUUGAAGGGAUGAAAGCUGUUGCAAAAAGAAGUUGGUUCAAUCUCAUUACAACAGUACCUCAAAAGAAACAAACCUUUAAGCAAAUCAUGGAACAUUUGUCUCCUCAGUACAUUUAUUUAAGUAGUAAUAGGGAAUCGUCUUAACAAAGGCAGGAAAGAACACUGCAUUCCUCCUGUGCGCACGCGUGUCCUUAAAAUUUCUCCAGUUCGCCCUAACAAAAACGGCCGUUGCUACGCAGGCUAGUGCUAAUACAAAGGUGACUAGGUCAGGUCUUGGUUUAUAAGGGGUUUAUGGUACAUAGCACGAGGACGCUUUAAUCUCGUAUAUAGAAUCAAAUUAUACUCUCCAACAGAAUUUCUGCCACAGUAAUCCUUGCCCAGGAGAGAACUUCCUGUGUCAGGUGGGCUUCACGGAUAAGGGCCACCGUUGUGUUUGCCGCGAUGGUUUUGAAGGGGAAGAUUGCACGGGUAUGACUACUUUUACUAACUUCGCCUUUUCUACUGUUGUUCCUUAUAUUUUCUUUCUUGUCCUCUUCACCUUUCGCCUCGAUUAGCUUAAGCUAACUGCGGGUUGCGUGAAAAAAUUCCUGGUUCAUUUUAAUUUGUUUAAUGUCUGCUUGAUGUGUAAUAAAGUGGUUGUUAUUGUUGUUGUCGUUUAUGUUGUAUGUAAGUGUCGCAUGCGCUUCACAAUCGAAAUCCCGUUACUUUCUUGCUUCUUUUACCAGGAACUUUUUUGCUUAUUCGAUCCUAAUUAUCAGAACGAUGAGUUUAUAAUGAAGAUGAUGAUGUCUCUAUCACAGCAACAAAUUUUCUUUUUCAAGUUCUUUGAUUAAUCCUUAGGAUUGAAUAUAUUGGAAUGCUUAGAAAAGAGUGUAUUUGAAAUGGUCCUCAGUUGCUAAAAGUUUAAUAUAAUUUUUUUGCUUUUUAUUUCCCGCCUAAUCCCGUGUGUAGACAUCAACGAAUGUGCUCAGGACGGAUUACACAACUGCCGGCCGGAUACGUCGAUUUGUGAAAAUAUUCCUGGACCUUUUUUGUGCAAUUGCAAAGUUGGUUUUACUAACGACGAAACACAAUGUGAAGGCAAGUCAUGCAAGCAUUAAAAUUUUAGUUGACUUUAUUUUAUACUCUUCACAUCUUCUCCCUUAAAAGCAUCGACGUCGCCAGCUACAAGAACCACUACUUUUUCAGCAGGACCAUCGGCGUCAAACAGGCUGCCUGACUCGGUGCUAGUUUUAGCUGAGAUCUUUUCUCUUUAUCAAUAUCAUUGUCAUUGUUAUUUCUAUUUUUCGUUGUCAUGGUUAUGGUUAUCAUUAUUAUUAUCAAUAUCACUAUCAUUUUUCAUUGUCAUCAUCAUCAUUAUCAACAUCAUCAUCAUCAUCAUCAUCAUCAUCAUCAUUAUUGUUAUUAUUGUGAAAGGUUUGAACCCAGGAGUCAUUUCAAAUGUAGGUUGAGUUUGAUCGUCGGGGUGAACGUAGUCCUGAAUAGGACUGUUAUUGUUGACAGUGACUGACGUUUCGACAACCUGUGCAGUAGUCAUCUUCAGAGUCAAAGUGAGUUGUAUCACGUCAGUUGAUGGUAUUAUACUCUGAGGUUAGAUAAUAGAAAAAGUUAAGACAAGCUGUUUAAAACUGAAAAUAAUGAUAAUGAUAAAAACAUGCGACUGAGAGCACAUUAAAGGAGCUGCACACAGUACGCACAUGCUCAAAGCCAGUCGUAAAACCUUUCCUAUGCAAAUAAGUUUCAUUUUCAUGAGAAGAAGAUCAAAAUCAUAACCAGGCUUUCUCGCUCAGACACUUUUUAAAACAGAGGCUAGGGGUAACUCGGCAAUGACCAAUUAAAAGAAGUUUUAAAAGCCGUGCGCCUCUUCUGACACAUCGUAAAAAGUCAUUUAACAGUUAAAAGCAACUAAAAUCUAUUGUUGUUUGUAAUAUUAUCAUGUAACGGUUUGAACAACAGUGUCAAAUAUUUUUCAACAGAUGGAACAACAUCAAAAGCUCCAGUUACACCAUCAGUGACUCCAGAAACUCAUCUAGGUAGGUAUUUUCCGUGUUCAAGGAUUACUACCCCUUCCACGGGCUUUCCCAAGGCCCAGUGGGGAGCAGCGAGAAACAACACGCGAGAGCUGGAAACAAGUGAGCGCGAGAGGAGGAUGAUGGGAACAUCGUAAAAGAAUAAUUUAACACUUAAAAACAACUAAAAGCUAUUAGUGUUUGUCACAUUAUCACGUAACGGUUAGAACAACAGUUUCAGAAUUUUUUCAACAGAUACAACAACAUCAAAAGCUCCAGUGACACCAACAGCAACUCCAGAAACUCAGCUGGGUAGGUAUUUUCCUUAAUUGUUCAAGGAUUACUACCUCCUCCACGGGCUUUCCCAAGGCUCAGUGAGGAGAAACGAGAAACAGCACGCGAGAGCUGGAGACAAGUGAGCGCGAGAAGGGCAUGAUGGGAACGGUAAACACGAAAACAGGGCUGGGUUAUUCGAAUCUGGUUAAGGUAACUCAGUUUAAUGCUCUUUGCCUACAAUUUGAUGAUGGGAUACCCUAAAAAGAAUAGAGGUUUUAAUCCCUAUUCUUUUUUUUAAAAAAAACUUAUCCGAGAGAGUGCAUUUGAUAAAAAUAAAAAGAAAGAAAAAGCCAGGUUCAAAUUUAACCCCGGGCUAGCACUAACCUGCGUUCAAACAGCUGGGCCCAGUUCGCGUGCGUGCUGAAAGAGCAUAUUAAAAUUAGGUAACCUGGGAAUUUUCACACGUCAGUUUAUCCACGUUUUACCCCGUUUACCAUGUUAUUCGAGUUAAUCUGCAUUUUACCCCGUUUUCCAUCUUCACCCAAGUUUAUUCAAAGUUUUCCUGUUUGCCCAUGUCUACCCUAGUUUACCCGUAUUUCACCCCGUUACCCUUGUUUACGCCAGUUUAUCCGCGUUUCACCCAGUGUUUAGCCAAGUUUAUGCCAGUUUAUCUACGCUACGCUUAGCUCGUUUACCCAUGUUUAAUUUUACCGUUUUACCUCCGUUUAUCCACUUUUAUCCCGUUCACGCAAAUUUUACUCCUUUUAUACCCAUGUUUACCCCGAGUUAUCCACGGUCUUCCCGUUUGCCCAUGUCUACUCUAGUUUAUCCACAUUUCACCCCGUUCACCCAUACUUUACCCCAGGUUAUCCACCAGUGUCCACUUUUAUCCGGCUUACGCAUGUUUUACCCCGUUUAUUCUCAUGUUUUCCCCGAGUCAUUCACGUUUCGCACCGUUCUUUGUUUACCCCAGUUUACUCACGUUUUAAUUUGUUUACCUAGUAUGUUGACCCCAGUUCAUCCACGUUCUUACUGAUUGUUUACCCAUGUUUACUCCUUUUUAUCCACGUUUUACCCCGUUUACCGAUGUUUACUCCAGCUUAUACCCGUUUAACCCUGUUUACCCAUGUUCACCCCAAUUUAUCCACGUUUCAUCCCGUUUACUCACGUUUAGCCCAAGUCUUCGUUCCAAUGCAAGUAUAUAAAAGCUUGAGUAGCUGUCGGUUGCUGUUCUAGAAUCAACAGCAUGCUUAGAAUACGCGCACUUUAUAUGCAAGCACUUAAACUUACCCUUGUGUUUACAUCACUAUUUUAAAGCCGAGAGAAAAAUAGAAACGCUCGACAGUAGCGUGUUGGUUGAUCAGGGUGCAAGUGCCUUUCCCCGUAACCGAAGAACGCCAUGCAUAUAUCCUCAUGUUUUUUCAGAACGACAGGCUAAAAGAUUCUUUCGCAACCCAACCAGAAGAAUCUUUCUUUUAUUUGCUUGCUCAAUUUUGGCGUAUUUAAGAAGACUAUGCAGAAUCGAGUAAGAUUUUUGAUGAGCAUGCGGUUCCAGGCGAUCUGGUGACGUCAUUGCGGAGGACUGGAGAGAAAAUUUUAAUGCCGUAUCCCAUGAAACAGCGCGCGCGCAUUCGCAAGUUUUGUUUUUGUCCACCAUGUCGGUCAAAUGUAGUGCGAGUACCGUUCAUCGAUGAAUUUUGGGUUCUUUCCAACCUUAUACCGCGUGUAGAACUCUAAAUGGUACCAGAAAUAUAGGAAGUAUAUGAAUGGAUGAAAAGUCUCGUGGGGCAGCAGGUUGGUUUUAAACUCAAAAGAAAGCGAUGUGUGAAAAGUGCAAUUUCGAAUCAUGGAUUCCAACUUGUAAGCAUGAAGAAAAUUUCUCACCUUGUUUUGUACUGUUAUGUUCUAUUAACGGUAUUUAUUGUAUGUUUAGGUAGUAUAAAAGAUAUCGUGUUUAUCGUUGUUUCUUGUGUAUCGCUGUUUCGUCAGAUUUUUUUUAAAUAUUCUGAUUGUGUUAGCGAGCACGAGGAAAGUUGAGUUCGAUCAAACGCUCGCUCCGCUCAUCCACUUUGUUGCGGGUGGUACAUUUUUGGCGGGCUUUUUCAAUUGACUUCACUCCCUUUUUGUCAAACAAAGCCGAGUUUGUUACUAAAAUAUAUGCAGAAAUAGAAAGGAAAUUUUACCAGCUCUUGCGCAAUAGAGUACAGAAGUCGAUCAAUUAAAACUCUCACUCGUCUGUCGUAAGAUUGAUUACCAUAAGAUCCACUCCUUCUCUAGCUCUUCGUUUUAACAAGUCAACAGUUAUUAAAAGACUCAGUUGUCAAUCUUAACUUCGCUCUCUGCCAAAUCUUUCUCUGGGAAAGCCUCCGAAGGUAAACAACGGUACCAUUUUCCACUACGCAACAAUACUGCAGGUUCGUGCCUGGGUUCGUACGAACAAGCUCUAGGCGCGCAAAGAUCUGUGUGCGGCUUUAAAAUAAAAUUAUACUCAAAGCUGAUUGGCUAAUGAAUGACUCCCAAAUCACCUGGUUUAUGUUGCUAGGAAACACUUUCGAAAGCAGGUCUAAUAGACGUGUUCCUAAUGCCACAGCGGAUCCAGUUAUGCAAUGGAAAAACCAGUUUGACGAAAGAAAACAGGAUUGAUUCCUGCGAUGCAGACGGUUCUAAGGAUUGACGCGAUUCAAGUAGAUCCUAUUUUAAUUCCUAGCUCCUUCUCGAUCAAGAAGAAGAAAAAAGGAGGCUCUGCACGCAGUGCGGGAUGGGCUUUCCGUUUUUGCAUAACGCCGUAAUCAAAAUUGGCUCUAGUCUUUAUAUUUUCAUUCACGUGCUUCCAUAUAUGCAUGAUAUCAUAAAAGCAAAUUCUUAAAUUCUUAAACCACUUAAUUUUUUAAUACUGUCUUUUCAAAUCUCUUCGCUGGUACAUGGUGACAAAAACUUAACACUGUACCGUGCCAAAACAGAAGAAACUGGUAUAAAAAAGUCUAAAAAGUCUACGAGUCACAAGUCAACUUCUACGUUCGCAAGAUUUAGAUCGACAUUCGCUCCUUAGAAGGAAUAUAUCCAACGAAGACUACAAGGUCCAGUAGAAAACUCUAUUUCUCUUUAAGUUGCAAUCGUUAGCUGUUUGAGUCAAGAGGACACAUAGUUUUCAGUCCGGCCGAACGCAGCUUAAAUCCGUGGUGUAGGCAAAGUGGCACUGAUCCUUGGUACUAGAUUUUAGGUGUGCCAUGGUUAAAGGGACACAGUCAGCUAUGGGACAGCGCUGACCUGGACACUACUUUUGUCAGUUUGAAAAGAGUUUACCUCAACCCGAAAUCAAAUGAACGCUUUGGCUAUAUCUAGAAAUCCGCUUCAAUCUUGCCUAGUGUUUCAUUUGAUCCUCGAUCUUUUACAGAAAACCUCUUUUAGAGCAAACUUUAACUCAUCCUGUGACAUUACUUUAUCAUAUUUGGUUAAAAACAGUAUCCAAAGGAACAAGAAGUCAGGAGGUGAGAAACGCGUAGGCGCCGGGCUGGGGAAAUCGCUUUCGUUUACCAAAAUAACAAAAGAAAUGAAUCAAUAACAUUGGCGAGCAAAUAAUAGUUUCAUGUAUUUGGGAAAUCGAUGGAAAAGGCUACAUAUGUUUGGAAAAUCAAGCUUUCUCGACCUUGAACCUUCGACAAUGAUUCAUCCCGACUCCGUGUCAUUUCUCACCUCUACUGAUGAUCAAAUUCAGAAGUAUUCGUCGAUGUUUGACUUUUCCUGGACAAAUCCAUCGGUAAAUUCUCAACGUUAUAUAAGAAAUGUGUGCUCUGAUGUGGUUUAGGGUCUAUAAUCACGAUUUGGGCUUGUAACUAGUUCAACUCUACAAGGUUUGUUUUGACGAUUCCGGAUACGCUUCUCACUUUCUGUUUCACGCGCGAGUCUUGUGACAUGCAAAUCAGCUAACAAAUGGUAUCUCAUGCACAUGUGCAUCAGCUGAUUGUGUCCCUUUAAGUUCUAAGGAGAACGUAUGCUUCACUCAGCUAUGACAGCAAGACCGGUUUCGGAACCAAAUUGGAUCCUCCGUCAGCUGCUUAGGAAUAGCUGUUAACAAAAGCUCACCAAGAGAGCAAGUUCCGUAAACUAAACUAGAGUCUGUUGACUUAAGUUAAUAUAUAGAUUUAGCCGGGGCUAAAAGCGAAGCUCCCACUAAUAAAUUUAUAAUUUAAAUCAAACGAUAAACUUAUAAUCCACAACUGAGUUAACUUAAGGGUACAUUUAUGUGACUUAUCUUACAUCGAGUUGAUAGCCUUAUAUAUGUACACUCAAAAAUAUAGCAAACACUUUCGAUCACAUUCAAGAGCCAUAAUGGAUCUUGAUCACAGUAGAUUAGGCCUCGAAAAGAAAUUCUUGGAAAACAAAUCAGGCUGUAUUUUUUUGCGUUCGACAGGUUUACUUGUGUAAACCGACCUUUUAUACUUUUUAUACAUCACACCUGAGGUGAAACAGUACUAUUUAUCAUACAGACCUCGUACAAAAUGCGGUAUUUCACAAUUUUUCAAGACAAAUUGCACUCAGUCAGUGUUCAGGACGAUCAAUCGUGGGCUUUUAGCGAAACCGUUCAAAAAACUUCCAAAAUCACCCAUACGGCCAGCCGGUUCUCAUUUCUAGUGCGAGCUGUCGGGUGGUCGAGUAUUUGAAUGAACUUUAACAGAGAUAUGCAGUCCCUUUAAUAGAGUUACUAGAAUGCGAGCAAAUCAGGCAGAUAUUACUGGACUUGGAACAAUUGAC